UGGUGGAUUAAAGCCACUGAUAUGUCAGAGUUCUGUGCACACUUUGCUCCCAGGUUCAUUUGUCUCUGACGUUUUGCCUACAGUAGGUGGAAAAAUGUAGUUUCGCUUCAGCGCUCAACAUGUUACCUGAAGGAGAAGAAAGUAACAUCUUCAAACCCGGGCGCGCAGACGCGUGUACGGAGCGCGCGCUCCAGGAGAGUCCUACCCGCCUGUACAGGAGACGAUGGCUGAUCGUUUUGCUCUUCAGCUCGUAUUCUCUGUGCAACUCGUACCAGUGGAUCCAGUACGGAAUCAUCAACAACAUCUUCCUGCGGUUUUACAACGUCAGCGCGUUCGCUAUAGACUGGCUGUCCAUGGUCUACAUGCUCACUUACAUACCGUUUGUCUUUCCAGUCACAUGGCUUUUGGACAGGAAAGGGCUGCGAGUUGUGGCGCUCGUGGCCGCAGGUGUGAACUGCGCGGGCGCGUGGGUUAAGGUCGCGAGCGCCAAGCCGCACCUGUUCUGGGUGAGCGCGCUCGGGCAGGUCGUGUGCGCCGUGGCGCAGGUGUUCAUCCUCGGCAUGCCGUCUCACAUCGCCGCCGUGUGGUUCGGACCGGAGGAAGUGUCCACCGCCUGCUCCAUCGGCGUCUUCGGCAACCAGCUUGGCAUUGCCAUUGGGUUCCUGGUGCCGCCUGUUCUUGUGCCCAAUAUAGAUGACAUGGAUAAACUGGCUUAUCAUAUCAGCAUUAUGUUUUAUAUAACAGCAGGUGUGGCCAGCCUCCUCUUCAUUCUAGUUGUUACUGUUUUCCAGGAUAAGCCAGCAGUUCCUCCCUCCCAAGCCCAGGUGACAACGCAAAAAAUGCCUUUACAAGACUAUUCUUACCUGGCCUCGAUUCGGAGGCUUCUCUGCAACAAACCAUUUGUUCUACUGAUUGUCACCUAUGGAUUAAAUGUCGGGUGUUUUUAUGCUGUUUCCACUUUACUGAAUCGCAUGAUCAUGGACUACUACCCUGGAGAAGAGGUGAAUGCUGGACGAAUUGGUCUAACUCUUGUCAUUUCUGGUAUGGUGGGCUCUCUGAUCUCUGGCAUCUGGUUGGACAAAACAAAGACAUACAAACAGACCACCCUUGCUGUAUAUCUCCUGUCGUUUGUAGGAAUGGUGAUUUACUCCUUCACUUUAAACUUGGGCCAUCUCUGGGUAGUCUUUAUUACAUCAGCCAUGCUAGGAUUCUUCAUGACUGGGUAUCUGCCACUAGGCUUUGAGUUUGCAGUGGAAUUGACAUACCCUGAGUCAGAAGGCACAUCUUCAGGACUUCUCAACUGCUCAGCACAGGUGUUUGGAAUCAUAUUUACCAUUUGUCAAGGCAAGAUCAUUGACUCCUACAGCACAUUCGCUGGCAACAUCUUCCUCUGUGUUUUCCUGCUGUUAGGGACAAUCAUUACAGCUUUUAUAAAGGAAGAUCUCCGGCGGCAAAAGGCAAACACGCAAGCAGAUGCAGAAUCAGAAACUAAACUACCAAGACACCAAGAAGACGGAAUAUCAUCACCGAAACAGACUAGGAUGUAAAAAUGAAGUUCUCCUGCAUGCAAGUCAGCAAAUUUAUAAUUAGAGGGUGAAAUUUCUUGCAAAAACAAAAAAAACAAAACAUGUAUUACAUCAUGCAAUAGGGUGUGCAACGUUCAUUAAGGAACUUCAUCCAGAAAAUAAGUUGGUAAAAAACAUCAACACUGUAAAGUUUAGGGUAAUAAUUACCUAUAAACUGUUAAUAAUGGUUCUAGAAUUUUCUUUCAGUUUAUUUUUACUACUACAUACCAUGCACUUUAAAUUUACAAUAUAAACAACAUUAGGAAUGCGUCCUCCUUGUGUUUCACUACUUUUUGUAGUUACACCAUCUAUCUUUAUGUUGUUUAUUAUAUUGGAUUUAUAUACGUAUACAGUGUAUAUGAUGUUCUAGCAUGUUGACUCUUCCAAAUGUUUUUACCGGAACUGCUUCCACUAAUGACAUGAAGGUUUACUUGAUUGGAUACAAGGUGGUAUCAAAAAGUUUUAAGAUUAGGUCUAUUUACAAGAAAGUACUUUAUUACUUAUUACUACAUUUUUAUUAUCUGGUGAGUAGGGUGGAUAAAGUUCUCCAACAGUCAUCAUGCACAAGUCGCUGAAUGGUUUUAACAUUUUUUAAAAUAAAUGUUCUUCCGCUCUUGAAGUGCGAGUGCCACUCAAAACACCUAGACCGACUCAUUGCAGCAUCGCCUGUUCGUUCAUUUCAUGUUCGCUCUUUGUUUAAACUUCCUGUCCAUGAUGAAAUAGUUGUACACACGAUGUCUUUUGGCACACUGACUCAUGAAGCCCGGUGCUCCCUGUGACUGUGUGUGCUGCCAUCUGUUGGAGUGUUAUAUAACUAGUCUCACAACUUUUUGAUACCACCUUGUAUUGACUAAGCAUCAGAGUAUUUUCUCUUAAAACAAGUAAAGACAACAGAGUUUAAACUUUUUUUAUUGAGAAUUGGUCUUCCAGUAUUGAAGUUUUGUAUAUCGGUUAAAUAAUGUCUAUAUAUUUACUAAAUAUGAAUUCAUGAAAUACUGAGGUGUAUAAUGGCAAUACCAGACUUUAGGAAUUGCUCGAAGGAUUGCAAUUAUUAAGCUCACCAUUUUGCUCAUGAACAUCUGCCUUUUGAUAUAAAUAAGUAGCAAAUUGGUCUAAAACAUUGGACUUUAUAAUUCCACAUUAUCCUUACUGAAUUCUCCUGUAUACCAAUGUGCAUAUGACAAUGUACAGUGCAAAACUGAAUCUGUGGAUUUUUUUAUAUAUAGAAACCCUACAAAUUAUGUCCAGUUUCAGGUACUUGUGGAAAAUUAUGAGUAGAUGUAAGUAGUGUUUGAUGGUAUAGUGUUUGUCCUUAUACCUGUGUUAAACAUUAAUAUGUUAAAACUCUACUACAGUAUAAGACAUUACUGUACUGUGCAAAAUGUUAGUUUGUGUUAAAAACAUUUAUAUACCAAAACUGUACUAGAAGACACUUCUGUGUGAGUGUCAAAAGCUUAAGUUUAAAGGUGACUGUCAAAUUUUUUGACUAUAAAUUAAAAUUUAUCAAAUGAACUAUUUAUCAAUGAGGUUAAAUUAAUUAAAAAUGGAAAUAUAUAAAUGGUUCUAGUUUAGUCAUGGGUUCAACCCAUCAUAGAUAAAAGUUAAUCUAUAAACUAAAACAAUAUGGUAAUAUCUUUGUUAGAGCGUUUAUUCUUAUGUUAGUUUUACUUUUUAUCAACAACUGUAACACUAUUGUGGUGCCGUUUUACCAUUUAAGACCAGUAAAAAGCUAUCGAUCAUACAAAAACCCUUAAAAAAUAAUAAUAAUAUAGCUGUUAAAGUAGAGUUUCUAACUGCUAAAAUAGUCACAUUGAUAAACAUUUCUCAUAGUAUCUAUUUGGUCAUAGCUUUUUUGUUGUAAACACAGUUUAGCCAUUUAAAUGUACUUUCGAAAUCGUGCAGAGCACUUUUAAUAAAAAAAAGUUUUUAAAAGAGUUUUAUUCAGACAUUCAUGCUGAUAUGUGUCAAAUGUGUGGUGUAGUGGUUAGCACUGUGCCUUGCACCUCCAGGGUCUGGGCUUGAUUCCUGUCUUUAUGUGCAUGGAGUUUGCAUGUUCUUCCCGUGCUUGGUGGGUUUCCUCCCACAGUCCAAAGAUAUGCAGGUUAGGCUAAUUGGAGUUGCCAAAUUGCCUGUAGUGUGUGAGUAUGUGUGUGUGCCCUGCAAUGGAUUGGCACCCUGUCCAGGGUCUACCCUGCCUCGUGCCCUAAGCCUCCUGGGAUAGGCUCCAGAUCCCAGUGACCCUGAAUUCAGGAUAAAAUGGUAUAGAAGAUGAGUGAGUGAGUAUUUUCAUAUCCUUACCAUAGCCUUAUGCAUGCUGAUUAUAAACAUAUAAUGGCAACCACUGCAUUAAUAAUUAAACUGAUUAAUGUUUAUACCGUCUCUGUGUAUAUUCAUGCAGUUUACAUGAAAAAUACCCCUUACAAUUACUGAGACUAUUUCAUCAUCAUCUCAGUAGUAUUUAGCCUACAAAACAGAACCUCAAAGUAAACAGAUUUUUGUUCAUGGUGAAUGUUUAAAUCGAGACAAAAUAUUAAGCAUAUUAAAGUAUUAGGUCUGUUAGAGGCCAGCCCUUUAAUAUGUCCAUGAAACACUUGCAAACUGUGAAUUCUUUACUUUGUAUAAUAUUCGUUAAUAAUUGUUGCUAUGUCACUAUCUUAUAUCAUA